GAGUAAAAAAAAAACCGUUGAAAAUUUUUUCCUUUCUGAUUUAUCCGAAUUUGUCUAUGAUUUUGGAUUUUUGUCAAUUAAAUUAAUUUGAAUAAAAUUAAAAUUGAUAAUCAUCAUGUCUUCUUCAAAUGUUGAAAAUCUUGCACCGAAUGUAUUGAGAAAAAUAUCGAAAGAAUUAGCCGAAUUAAUAAAAACACCACCAGAAGGUAUUAAGGUAAUACCGAAUGAAGAGGAUGUUUCCGAUAUUCAGGCAAUCGUUGAAGGACCAGCUGGUACACCUUACCAGAAUGGUGCAUUUCGUGUCAAACUUUUACUUGGUAAAUCGUUUCCAUCGGCUCCACCUAAAGGUUAUUUUCAGACAAAAAUAUUUCAUCCAAACGUAUCUCGAAAUGGUGAAAUAUGUGUGAAUACAUUGAAAAAAGAUUGGAAUGAAAAUAUGGGCAUCAAACAUAUAUUAUUGGUCAUUAAAUGUUUGUUAAUCGUACCGAAUCCAGAAUCAGCAUUGAAUGAAGAUGCAGCCAAAUUAUUACUUGAAGAUUAUGAUGAAUACUAUCGACGAGCAAAAAUGAUUACUGAAAUUCAUGCUAAACGUUUAAUAAAUUGUCUUGAUGAUCGAAACUGUAAUGAUAAUGAUGAUGAUGAUAAUAAUCAGAACAGUGAUAAAAAUUUACAAAAUGAUUAUAAUAGAAAUAAUAAUAAUAACGAAUCAACAACAAGUGGUGAUUCAUCAUCCAAUAAUAAAACAAAAUCUUCGAAUAAUACAAAUGAUCUAAUGCCAUUGGCUAAACGACAGGCUAAUAAUAUUAACACAAAUAUCAAUCCAAAUAUGAUCGAUCAACAACAAAUGAAAAAUAAUCGUAAUCUACAGCAAUCAAAAUUAGCACAAAAUAAACAUAAACGAACAUUGAAAAGACUAUGAAAAUACUAUCAUCAUCUCGAUCAUUUUGACCAUUCUGAUUAAUUCAUCACAAAUCAUUAUACGAUGAUUAUUCUACUAGUUCAUCAUAAUCAACGGGGGUGGAAAAAAAAUUUAUUUUAUU